AGCAACGUAUACCCUUGCCGAGAUGUACGAUCUAACUGUAAAAUGUGCCCUUUGGUUACGUCAACAAGGAAUUCAAACUAACGACGUGGUUGCAUUAUGCAGCCCAAAUAUUAUGGACAGUUUUGCACCAUUCUUUGCUACUUUUUGCGUAGGUGCAAUAUUUACUCCUUGGAAUCCCGACAUGGACACACGAGAGGCACGUUACUUCAUGAAAUUGUCAGGUGCAAAAAUUGUCUUUGCUGGUGAAAAUUCGGUUAAUACGAUAAUGGAAGCAGCAAAACUUGAUAAUAAUAAUAUCAAGAUUGUCGUAUUAGGUGAACAUCCUGAUGCAUUACCAUUUUCUAAAGUGGUGGAUGGUCAUAAGAAAUUCGACGUUGACAAUUUUCAAUGUACACCUAUCGAUAACAUUAAGGAUACUGCGACAAUACUUUAUUCGUCUGGUACAACCGGUCCAUCUAAAGGUGUUCAAUUGUCGCAUUUCACAUUUUUGUGUCAUUUGAUCAUGCCCGGUGGUUUGAACACCGAUGGAAGACCACUAUGGUUAUCGUCAUAUUUUUGGAUAAGUGGAGUAUUAUUAACAAUGAGUUGUCUAGUGCAUUAUUGCAAAAGAUUCCUAUAUCCUAAAUUUGACGAAGAAAUGACCUGUAAAAUUAUCGAAAAGUAUAAGAUCACAUGGGUAUUUUUAUCACCGAGCAUGAUUAACAGAAUACUCCAUGCGGGAUAUUUUCAAAAGUAUGAUAUGUCCUCUAUUACCAGAAUAUAUAUGGGAGGUGCUAAAUUUAGUGAAGAUAGUCAAAAUAGGCUUAAAAAAUAUAUACCAAAUGCUAUUACAAUACAAAUGUUUGGAAUGACCGAACUUGGUGGUAUUUUAACAGCACAACGACCCCAUCACAAAGCUGGUACUGUAGGAACGGUAGUAAGAAAUUGUCAAAUUAAAAUAAUUGACUUAGAAAGUGGAAAAGCAUUGGGCCCAAACAAGACCGGUGAACUUUUAGCAAAAUCGUUGAUGGUAACUAAAGGUUAUUAUAAUAAUCCUAAAGCAACUAAGGAAACGAUAGAUGACGAUGAUAUCCGAACGAGAUUUACAAGAUUUUGUAGCGAAAAAUAUGACCGAUUGCUAUCAUUUACGAGGAGGUGUCAAAUUUUUAGGCAAAAUGCCGCAUACACCGUCAGGAAAGAUAUCAAGGAAAGAUCUUAAAGCUAUGGUUAAAAGAUGUUAAAAAACAAAAUAAUGAUUUUGUUAUUUUAUUUGGAAAAUUAGUAUUAAUCGGUGAUCGGACUUUUAGAAUGUGUAUUUUUAGCUCGCAUAUACAUGUUUGAAAAUAGGAUUUUCCGUUUAUGGAAAUAUAUGGAUAAACUAGUUUCGUUUUUCCUUGUAUUACGAAUGAAUUAUGUGAAUACCCGUGUAUAGAUUUUAAUAUUAGUCAUCGAUAUAUUAUAUGUAUGUAUUUAUAAUUAAAACAAGAAAACUAGUCAUAUCAAUUCAAGGAUUGUACUUAUUAAGUAUCGAUUAUUUCGUGCUUAGGCUAGUAAUUUUGAGGUAUAUAAGGAAAAAGUAUUAUUUUAAAUAUAUUACGUACCAUAUAUAAGUAAUAUUGUAAUUGACACUUGUGGUUUUCCAAUGAGAACCGCAUCAGCUAUUUAUUCAGACAAAUUAUAUUUAUAAACGCUUCUUAUAUAUUCUAUUUAUAGUAUUAACAUUUUUUUUGUUUGGAUACAUUACAAAGUAAUUUGAAAUAAUAUUAAAUCGUCGUUAAUCAUUUCUACAAAAAAAAAAAA